AUGUACAAUAUAGAAUUACUUUCGGACCGCAUUGCUGCUGCUAGUUUGGAGAGGAGGCGCAAUAGAGAGACGGACCGUCAAGAUAGGAUUUUCAAUGCUAAAGUUAGAACAAUUGGGGUAAAUUAUUGCAACUUGGCUUGCAACUUUGUAACCGGCUGUGACAUCAGUCCAUCCAUGUUAGUUGUAAAGCCAUUUUGUCACAAUUUUCUCUUACUCACAGAUAGAUAAAGUGGCUCUUGAAUCCCAAGUGAAUGAAAGAAAGAAAAAAGAGGAGGCAGAGGCAGAGUCACUAAAAGCACAUGGUAAGUGCAAUAAAAUACAGUAUGGGAGGACAUUUUUAUAUCUGGCAAAAACACAAUAAAGGCCUAAGGUGUUUUAAUUCAAGGUGAUGAUAGGCUCGUUGGUUAAGUCCUGACUGAGCUCUAUAAGCUUAUAUUCAUAAGAUUCAAUGGAACUGUUUAGGAGCUAGUGUCAUAGGCUAUGUCUGAAGAAUGCAUGCCCUCUAGCUGCAGAUGCGGUGUGUAAUGACAAGGCCGCCUGUCUACUUGAUCAACGCCAACUCAAGGAUGAGCGUCUGCUGCAGGGAGCCAUAGAGGACUUCCGGCUGAACUUCCAGCCGCGGUGGAGCCGACGAGAGUAUGACUUAAGCAACCCGGACAAAGUUAAGAAUCAGGACAGGAUCCAGAUGCUGCCGGGGCUUGUGGGUGAAGACCCAGACAGCCAGGGGAGGCUGAAGAAGCAGCAGGAGCAGCUCAGAGAGUGGUCCGUCCAGCAGCAACAUGAGCUGGCCACAGCACGACACCAGCAGAGACUGGAAGGUAGGAAACAACCCAACACAAACGGUCCUGUCGCUAGACUCUCAUACAUUCACACUGCCUCAUCUCAAACACUGUUUCUGCCUCACCACUGCAGAGCACCAGUAUGACCAGGAUGUAGUGGCCCUGGACUUCAAAGCUCUCCAGCUCCAGAAGAUCGAGGAGGAGAGGAGGAGAGCCGCAGCCCUGGCUACAAAGGAUUUCAAUCUGGCAAAGGUGAGUCAUUAUACUGAUGCUAAACCAGGUGUGGUUGUCAAACUGGCAAAGGUGCAUGAUUAGAAUUGAUAGUACAGUAGCCUUCUCUAACCAGGUGUGGCAGUCAUUCCUGCUUUUUGUAUGUAGUGGAACCGGACAUCCUUCUGUCAAAAUAUGUUUACUGUGUGACAUUGUCUCUGUAUCUGUUUGUAGGCAGCAGAGAAUGCAGAGAAGCGGUGGAAGGAGUGGCAGCAGGAGGAGGAGGACAACAGGACAGACAUCCUAAACCAGCUGCAGGGGGAGCUGCUGAGUGAGAGCCAGGAGCAGGGCAUCAGUGUGCUGGGUCUACCCCGCCUCAGGCCUGACAGCUGCAAGGGCCUCACAAACGAGCAGCUGCAGCACAUCAUCGACUGCCAUCAGCAACAGAUCGAGGAGAAGAGGGUACAUCUGCCACAUCUAUCUGUCUGUCUCUUUUGCCUGUUUUGGGAUGUCUGCGUUGAGCGGUCAGAGAUAUUUUCAUUUGACAACUAAACACUUCUAAAAGAGGAAAUGGGGUGGAUAGCAACAACCAUGAAUGCAGACCAGGUUUUGGGUCAAUUCAGGAAUUAAAAUGAAAUUCCAAUUCCUAUUUUUUCUCAUAGAGAAGCAUCGAAUGGAAUGAACCUCUCUCUUCACGUUUGGUUGUGCAGGCUGAGCAGCAGCAGGAGGAGGUCCACCAGGACCGGUGCUGUGUGGCCUCAGCUCACACCGCCCUACUACUGGAGAGACAGCAGGCCCGCAUCAACAAGCAGCUCCGUCGCACCCUGGAUAACACCAACACACAGCUGGCUGAGGCCCACCAUGAACAGUAAGAAGCUUUCCAUAUGAUUAGGUUUAGACACAUGGACACACCUGUACACCUUUUGAUUUGUUUGUUGUUUUCAGUCCAUUCAUGUGCAGUAUCAUUCAUAUGUUUGAUGUCAGUCAUUUUAUUUUGAAUUGUGAAUUAAAUUGGGCAGAAGAAACUGUCACCAACCGGAUUAGCACAGUUAAUGGACAGAACAAAUCAUCAACUAGAGUGUGCUGACCUGCCCAUAAAUAGACAACAUACAGUAUCAAAUGCCUACAGUUUUGUUGUUGAUAUCAGUUAUAGACAAAUGCAUUUUUCUUCUCUUUCCAGGAAAAAGUACUUGGAUAAUGUGUACACUAACAUCCCAGAUGACAGUUACUUCUCCCAGUUCAACACCAGCAGUCGAUAA